AUGAAACUUAUGAAGCCAUUGAGGUGUUCAGAUAUGCAGAAGGUAACCCUCGCCACUUUCACGCUCGAAGGGGAAGCCGAUGAAUGGUGGGAUUCUACACAUAGGCUUGCUACAACAGAUUAUCUGUGGACUUGGGAGAGGUUCCAGACCAAGUUCAAUGAGAAAUAUUUCCUAGAGUCGUUCUGUGACGAGAAGGUGUCAUAUAUUUUUAAACUCGAGCAGGCGAAUAUGACGGUUGCACAAUAUGAGGCCCGUUUUGCUGAACUCUCUCGGUACGUGCCGACUAUCGUUAUUGAAGAGAGGGUCAGACUGAGGAAAUUCAGAGAUAGAUUACGACCGAGAAUUAGGUCGAAAUUGUGCUGCUUCGACUUUUCCCGAUAUGCGCAAGUGGUGGACAAGGCCACCAGGGUGGAGAAGGACGUAGACCAAAUGAUGAAAGCUCAAACUCCAUUCAGAGAUUCGAGUAGCCGAGUCAGACCCGCUCCUCCACCUCCUAGCCUCGCUGUGGUUGAUAAGCGAGUCAGGACUUCUUCGUAUCCGGGUAUGCCGUGUAACUAUUGUGGGAAGCCGGGGCAUACCGCAAAGUUUUGCUUCAGGAGGGCACGUGAUGAGGGCAACAAGCCUAGGCCACUAACGAUUCAGCCCCGUCCGCCACAGCCUGUGGCUAGGCCACCUAUCAGUAGCCGACCUCCAUUUUAG